UUAUACCCAUAAUAAACCAUAAAGUAGCAAAAAAACUACAACAAACCUAUAUUCGUUGUCCACCACAACAAAAACCAAAACUAUUGUCCACUAUGACAAAACAAUAACCACUGUCCAAUUCCUGUUCAGGUGAUAGGACACGAGAUCACACACGGCUUCGAUGAUCAAGGAAGACAGAACGAUAAGGAUGGUAACGCGCUGCCCUGGUGGACAAAUGAGACACUACAAGCCUUCCAGAGCCGCGCCCAGUGCAUCGUGGACCAGUACGGCUCUAUCCGCCUUCCAGAGCUGGACGAGCACCUGCCCAACGCCACACUCAACGGCAUCAACACACAGGGUGAGAACAUCGCGGACAACGGUGGUCUUCGCGAGGCCCUUAUGGCUUACCAGUUAUACGUGGAGCGCUAUGGGGAGGAGCCGAGACUACCUGGCCUGACGGAGUACUCACCCAUGCAACUGUUCUUCCUCAACAACGCUAACAUCUGGUGCACGUCCAUUACCACGGAGGGCCUUCUCAACCAAGUCCUCACAGACCCUCACUCUCCAGGAAGGUUCAGAGUGCUGGUGCCGAUGCUCAACAUGAAGGAGUUCUCUGAUAUCUGGGGUUGUCCUGUUGGCUCCGGCAUGAACCCCGAGCAUAAGUGUCAGGUGUGGUAGUGGUGGUGGUGGAGGUAGCGGCGUUUUUUUUUUUUUUUUUUUUUUUUAUAAAGGAAAAUCUAGCCAUGGGUAACAAAAACGAUUAACCCCUUCAGUACUGGGACGCAUUUCUAGCUUGAGUUUUGGGUAUGAUUAGACGAUUUUAGAAGGGUCUAUGGAGAUCAGUAAAUUAAAUGGCCAGACUCUUCCCUAUUUCAAUCACCACAUAAGUUUCUGAAGGUGUAUAAAAUCGCCAUAUAGUAAGCAGAACGAAUAUGAAAACGUGUCAUGGUAUUGAAGAGGUUAAAUAAAAACUCCCAUGCCAGUCCCCAAGCUGGUCCGAAAGUUGGCCAAAACAAAUGGGAUAUAUGUCUUGAAACUUCCCUCUUACGUAAAUGAGUUCAGGUCACAUGCAGGAAGAUGGAAAUACAGAAGCAGGAAGGGAGUUUGCCAUGAAGGAGUGCUUAAUUUUACUUUCCUCUGUAAUUUCCUUGUUUCGUACAAUCCUCCCAUCCUCCCUGUUAUUUCCUUGUAUCCUCUUGUACUUUUCCUCAAUAAACUGUUGAAUUGUUAUUGAAUGGUAAUGAAUGUGACGGAAGUGUGUGGUGUGAUGAUAUAGCAUGGUUAAUGGUGCUAAAAUAGUGGUGUGGUGGUAGUCAUUCAUAGUGAUGAGGAAGAGGUGGGAGACAAACAGGUGUGUGCUACUGGUAGUGUGUGGUGAAGGAAGUGUAAUGGUGGUGAGAAUUAAGAGAUGGUGAUCUAUGGUGGCGAAAAAAAAAAAGAUGGUGAUAAAUACAAUUUGAAAUUCUCUCUCUCUCUCUCUCUCUCUCUCUCUCUCUCUCUCUCUCUCUCUCUCUCUCUCAAUGCAUAAAACGACGUGUUAAUAAAAUGCAUGGUCUUACAUCCAAUAUCGUUUCUUUUUGUAAUAUAUAAUAUAUUGUUAUCAUAUACAAACAAAACUUUCUCUUUCUUUAUAUCAUCAGCAAAGGUCAAAAUACAUAUACAUUGGUGUCCUUCCUUCUCUAUGCUUAUAAGACACAUGCAUACAUACAUAUAUACACACAUACAUAUGCACACACACACACACACACACACACACACACACACACACACACACACACACACAGAACCUAUGUAUGUACAAACUCAAAUACGUACACACAAAAACGCACAGAGUGUAUAUAGGUAAGGUUAUUACGUACGUACAUAGAAUGAUGAUAUAGAGUAAAGCGCGCAAACACACACACACACACACACACACACACACACACACACACACACACACACACACACACACACACACACACACACACACA